GUGAGGGGGCGGGGCCUCACAGUAGCAAGUUUAUGGAUCACUGAUUAGUGAGAUGAGUCAAAGGUCUAAGACACAAACAAGGAAACACCUGCAGACAUCACUGACACCUGAACGCCUCGUCUCUACCCGAACGCCUCGCCUGUACCCGAACUCCUCGCUUGUACCCGAACGCCUCGUCUGCAACUGAACGCCUCGCCUGUAACUGAACGCCUCGUCUGUAACUGAACGCCUCGCCUGUAACUGAACGCCUUGUCUGAACCUGAACGCCUCUUCUGUAACUGAACGCCUCACCUGUAACUGAACGCCUCGUCUGAACCUGAAAGCCUCUUCUGUAACUGAACGCCUCUUCUGUAACUGAACGCCUCUUCUGUAACUGAACGCCUCAUCUGUAACUGAACGCCUCGUCUAAACCUGAACGCCUCUUCUGUAACUGAACGCCUCUUCUGUAACUGAACGCCUCGUCUGAACCCAAACGCCACGUCUGAACGCCUGAACGCCUCGUCUGUGUCACAGGUGGCGCCCUGCUAGCACACCCACGCGAUGUUGGGACAAACAGGAAGUGGAUGUUUCAGAUUUAAGAAGUGUCGUGUCAUCUUUUCUCCUCUAGCUCCUCCCUCCGUCAAUUACUCAGCAAGCAGUAGGAGCAGAAAGUAUGGGGCGGAGCAGGGGGCGGGGCAGAUGAGCUCAGUUCAGAUUAACUGUGUUCUGAAGGCCAACGAAUACAGCCACACCUUCCUGAAAGGCCCCUCCUCCCAUGGAAUUCUGGGUUUCCAUAGUAACAUGUUGCUGUCCAACCACCCUGGUGAGGACCGUCGGAGCAGUGCCACCUGCCUGCCAAGCGGUGCGGUGCUGCUUGGAGUAUUUGACGGCCACGCGGGGGCAGCGUGUGUUCACACGGUCAGUCAGAGGCUCUUUUAUUACGUCACCGUGGCGAUGCUGCCACUGAAGACGCUGGCCGAGAUCGAACGGGCUGUGGAGGAGGAACGGGCUGUACCGCCUCUGCUGGAGUGGCACAAACACACACAGGACCACAGCUGUCCAGAAGGAGGAGCCACCUCCUUCCACAGCCUCCGCAACUACUGGCAGGAGCGUCUGGACGAAGGACUGGACCUGAAUCUGGAUCUGGACCAGGAGGAGGAUGGUGACAGAGUGACAUCAGCACUGACAAACGCCUUUCGUCGCCUUGACUACGACCUGUCUGUGGAGGCACAGGUCCACCUGUCUACACAGGUCCACCCGUCCAUGUCCUCUCCCAGACGGGCGUCUCUUACUGGGGAGGCAUGGUCUCUAUCUUCCCCCCUUCGGGUGGCACUGUCUGGCUGCACCGCCUGUGUCACUCACAUCUCUGAUGGCGUCCUGCACGUGGCAAACCUGGGUGACAGUCGGGCCGUCCUGGGCGUCCAAGAGCCAGAUGGCCGCUGGUCAGCUGUCAGCCUCACCAACGAUCACAACGCUCAGAACCCUGAUGAGCUGCAACGGAUCUUGGGAGAACACCCUCCGUCAGAGAGGAGGACGGUGGUGCGAUACGACCGCCUGCUUGGCGUGCUGCUGCCCUUUAGGGCGUUUGGAGACAUUCGCUUUAAGUGGAGCACAGAGAUGCUGAAUCAAGUUCACGAGACUCGACCAGACGUCCUGUCUGUGAUUAGCGAGGCGGUUCGGACGCCGCCACAUUACCUGACCCCGCCCUACCUGAGAGCCGAGCCGGAAGUUACUCAACACCACAUCAGACCGUCUGACAAGUUUCUGAUCCUGGCAACAGAUGGACUCUGGGAGCUGAUGCACCGACAGACCGCGGUCCAGCUGGUGGGAGAACAACUGACCGGUCUUCAGCAGCAGAGGCCAGUCAUGCCUGGUGUGGGCAUGACGCUCGGUGGCCUGCAGCGCCUCCUGCUGGAGAGGAGGGGCCGGGUAAUAUCGGAGCUGGAGGAUCAGAAUACUGCCACCCACCUGAUCCGUCACGCCCUGGGGGAUGAUGGGUACGGAGCAGUGGCACCAAACCGCUUAGCCAAGAUGUUGAGUCUGCCGUCAGAACUGGCCCGGCGGUACCGCGAUGACAUCACCAUCACUGUGGUGCACCUGAACGAGCCCGACACCUGAACAACACCUGAACGAGCCAGAUACCCGAAUGACAUCCUGAACAAGCCCGACACCUGAACAACACCUGAACGAGCCAGAUACCUGAACGACAUCCUGAAUGAGCCCGACACCCGAACGACAUCCUGAACAAGCCCGACACCUGAACGAGCCAGACACCCGAACGACAUCCUGAACGAGCCAGACACCCGAACGACAUCCUGAACGAGCCAGAUACCCGAACAACAUCCUGAACGAGCCAGAUACCUGAACGACAUCCUGAACGAGCCAGACACCCGAAGGACAUCCUGAACGACAUUCUGAACGAGCCCGACACCCAAAUGAGCCUUGUCUCUCUAGACCAGGAGUCGCCAACCUUUUUGAGAGCGAGAGUUACCUGGAGGGUAGAGAGUAAUAUGGAGGACGACCAUAUUAACACACUACCAGCUGCUCGUGGGAACCAUGUUUUGGUUCCAGUUUAUACUUCAGGGUCAAAGUCUGACUCUAGUCUGAACAUGCAAGAGAAAUCGGACUAUGAAUCACUCAGUAACUGUUGCCAUGACACCAAAGACAAAAAUGGCUUAUUUUAACAGGAAGUGAAUCACUAACGAUACAAUAAAGUCCUUUAUUUUUCUUUAAUUCUAAUUGUCAUAGUUAUGAAUGAAACUGACCACAUCAUAUUCCUUUAUUGAUCGCACACAUGUUGCAGCAGACUAAAUAUAAAAUAAGAUCAAAUAUAGAACAAUAAUCAAAGAUGUUUAUUAUGAUGAGUGAUCGAAAGUUCGUGUUUUUCUUUUAAUACAUUUUUAAAUAUUCAUCUCAUCUCUGACAUUGAAAUAUAAACACAUUCAAAUUUGAAUGUACUGAUUAAAAAUGUGGUGCAUUGCA